AAAAUAAAAAACCCUCCAAAAAAUUCACGAAAACCCUCCAAACAGUUCGAGAAAUUCUUCCGACUGCAUUCUCUCACAAUCUGUGAACCAUAUCAAACAAUGAUGGAUUCCAAAUUCCAUGCCUUACCCCCUCUCAAGAGGUUGAGGCUCUUGCAACAAAAGGAGAAGGAGAAAGAGCAAGAGCAAGAGCAAGUGCAAGAGCAUCACCUUGAUGGGCCAAUUACCUCCACCUGCCUACCGGCAAAGAAGCGCAAAGAAUCCCGAGAACCCGCCAUCGCGGCUGCUUCUGUGGGGGUAUGUCGCUUGCCUGCCAAGAAGAGGGUGUGGGCUGUCCAGCCUGAUUUCAGCCCAAUCAAAUCUGUUUCUCAUUUUGACCUCAAUGUUGAGUACAAUCCAUGCUUUGAGGGGGAGAGGGAAGAUAAAGCCGAACCGGAAGAAGAAGAGCAAAAGGAAAAGGAAAAUGGAGCGUCCGUCGUGAAUGGUUGUGGCCAAACAUUUGUUGAAACCGGCAGAGAAGAAGGUGAAGAAGAGGAAGAAGACGAUGGGAUUGAAUGUGCUGUGUGUCAGAGCACCGACGGAGACCCUUCGGAUCCAAUUGUGUUCUGUGAUGGGUGUGAUCUGAUGGUUCACGCCACCUGCUAUGGCAAUCCCCUCGUGAAGGGUGUUCCUGAAGGUGACUGGUUCUGCAACCAAUGUUUGGGUUCUCAUUCUUCUCAAAACAAGAAGAAUCCUAAGGCCUUCUCUUGCUGCCUCUGCCCAAACACUGGUGGAGCCAUGAAGCCCACCGAGGAUGGGCGGUGGGCUCACAUAGUGUGCGCUCUUCUUGUUCCGGAGGUCUUCUUCAAGGACCCGGAAGGCCGAGAUGGUGUAGAUCGCUCUAAGGUUCCAUUGAGUAGGUGGAAAGAGAAGUGCUAUGUGUGCAAAAGUUCAAAUGGGUGUGCCAUCGAUUGCUCUGAGCCCAAAUGCCCUUUGGCAUUCCAUGUGACUUGUGGGCUGAGGGAGGAGCUCUGUAUUGAGUACAGAGAAGGCAGGAACAAGGGUGGCAUUGUUGCUGGGUUCUGCAAGAACCACACUCAAUUAUGGAAGAAGCAACAGCAGACAGGGAAGUUCAAGAUUGUGGCCAGGGAUGAUGACAAGAGGCAAUGAAAUUUGGGGCUCAUGGCUUACAAUUUCAGUGUGGUCAAGGGGAUUCGACGAAGACAUGCUGGAUUGUGACUUGUGCAAUAAAAAUCUGGAUUUAGUUUGAAGAUCAGGUUGAUUCAUUUAGCCUAGAGGACUUGUACAGUUUUCUUUGCUCUUUGCACACAUCUUUGCCCCUAUCUGAAUGGGAAUUCAUAGUAGAUCAUUGAGUUUAGGUUUUCUGUAGGCAAGAGGACUCUAAUAUGGACUUGUUGGAUUCACAUUGCACCAUGUCAAGAUGAGAUGCAUUGCAAAUGUUCUAGGUUCACAACAAACAAGGCUAAAAAUAUAUGCUCUUUGCUCCUGGAGAAGAGCAUAAGAUUCAGUAAGAUUUGGGGCUUACAACUUUAUGUUAAUGGUGUGGAUCUGCUGGUUGGGAUUUCAGGAAUUGGUGAUAUGUAUUCUGAGUUUAUUGAUAGAGAUAAUGACCAAAAUUUGUAACCUUUGAUGGUUUUCCUUUUU